UCUCUCUCUCUCCACUUAGUAUGUUGAUUCACACGUUAAGUCAUCAUUUUCCAAUCCAUCCUCAGCAUCCCUCGUUAUCUACAGCUCCACAUCACUCUACCUAGGUGUAUUGUACCUUGCCUCACUCAUUCAUCAAUACAAGUCUUCAUGAUUCAACAUUAAAACGAAAAGAACCACUGACGCUCACCGUUCAUCUGUGUCGGCUGUUUACUUAAUCCAAACCAUCCCAGGAAAGCUUAGCAGUUACAUAUAGAUUUGUGGAUAUGAUGUAUUACGAUGGUAUAGUGAAGAGCGCACAGUGAAUAUACUUUCAAUUCCUGGAUAUAGGGGAACAUUGCGUAGUUACAUGUCGCCCACACCAUCCAUUGCCCAUCCAUCAGUUUAAAGUCCCGACAUGCUGGCCAUAAAUCUUCACCGUAAUAUCGUGUGUAGAGAAACGUCAUUGAAAGUGUUAGUGCUUUUUUUUUUUUUUUUUUAAUACUAUUAAUGUAAACUGAAAUUAUUGAUAAUCUUCAGUGUUAUUGAAUUUAUGGGGCCUCAGUGGCAGUUUGGGGUUCUUGUUGAUUUUGUGUUUCGAUGUAUGCUUGGUCAUCGGAAUGGAAUGACACAGCUCUCUUGGUGUGUUGAGGUGUGGAGGUGACUGUGUGGGGACGGGGAAUUGAUACAGUGAGAGAUGGUGACAGAGAAAAGGCCCACUGCCAAUGUGAAUUGUUUCUUUCUUGUCCUCUCCUCGUGGAUCAUGCGGCAAUACACAUCCGCGUGCGUGUCAUGACUGCAUAAGGAAGAAUGCAGUGGAAAAAUGCAGUUGUCAUGUCAGUUCUACAAAUUCAAUACUUGUCACAGCGCUUCUCUUAUUAAAUCAUGUCUAAAUUUUUCACAUUAACCUGACUUUAAUCAACGUCAGAAAAUCAUGGUGACAAACUCAUCAGUAACGAAAAUCAUACCACGCCGUAUUUGCGGGACGGAGUAUGCAUGAACUUUGAGGUAGAAUUGCUUUGCUGAGCCAGCGCGGCGAGUUCAGGGAUCCGGCGGAGUGACAACUGCUCAGGAUGGUGUCAGACUCCGAGGUCGAGACGUCAACGCUCAUGCAAGAAGCUCAAAAUGCGCAGUUGAACCGUUACCGACGUAGUACUGGCGCACUGCAUCUAGAUCUCAUCAGGAAGAAUGUUGAUGUCAGAGUUAGCAGCGCUUCUGAUGAUAGUGGGAGAGAUGACUCUCCGGAGCGCAGGGACUGGACAGAGGAAGGCCGCAAAUGGCUGGAGCUGGGCGAGGCCGUGCUGAAGGAGGUGUGGAGUGAUGCACGUGACUACCUGCAAACCAACAUCAAUCCCAAGCAUGGCGGCGGAGAUUCAGACAGCUGGGGCAGCACUGGCGGGCAGGGCGGCAGGUCACAGCAGCAGCCCCAGACCAACCAACAGGAAGACGCCAGCACCUUCUUCAGGGACGGCCGGCGAAGGAUCGACUACGUGUUGGUGUAUGAGGACGCAGAGGGCGGCGCGCGCAAGAACCAGGAGCGGGAGAAGACCCUCAUCAGGACAGUCAGCGAGAAGAGGAUAAAAAAGCACGAGACUUGGAGAGAGAAAUUCAUGACGUCGCUGAUGAAGGCUGGACUGCACAUGGAAGAGGAGACCGAGAUCGCUGGCAAGAAGGUGAUUUACUUCAUCAAGCUGAGCGCUCCCUUCUCAGUGCUGUGUCGCUACGCCGAGGAGCUCAACAUGAGGGCCCCACUGCAGGCGUGUAGUGACCAACCACCCUCGCGGCUCGCCACAGGGAUCUGCAGCUUCCAAAGUAGAACGGAAGAAGGGGACACCGGCGGGAAUGACAAGCAGAGAAGUAGGGCCCACAACAACCCCUCCACUAACUGGUCCGAGGUGAUCAUCGAGCACCUGCACCUGCCCAACCUGAUGGCGGAGGACGUGCCCAACAAACCUCUCGACUACUUCACCUGCGCCUUCAAGCGGUCCAAGAUCGACAGAAAAUUCAUAUGCAAGUUCCUGGGCAGCGACAAUCCAGACAAGUACUUCACCAGCACGCAGCGCUCGAGGAUCGUCUACGAGAUCUUGUCCACGGCAGCCUUUGGCAAGACGAAGAAGGGAGAGAUCGGGAUCGAGAGGCUGGUGGAGGAGGGCGUCUACACAGCAGCGUUUCCCCUUCAUGAUGGGCCCUACGAGCCUCCCCGCGGCCCGCUGGACCCGUCGCGCCUCAACCCCCGUCAGGUGCUGUACCACUACUGGGCGCGUUGGGGCAAGUGGUACAAGUAUCAGCCGCUCGACCACAUCCGCGAGUACUUUGGCGAGAAGAUCGGCAUUUACUUCGCUUGGCUUGGGAUGUACACGGGGUGGCUGCUGCCGGCGGCGGUGGUGGGGCUGCUGGUGUUCAUGUACGGCGUCAUCACCAUCAACCAGAACACGCCGGCCAAUGAGAUCUGCGACUCCCGCGGCGAGUUUAUCAUGUGUCCCCUGUGCAACGAGAGGCUGGGCUGCGCUUUCUGGGACCUCAGCGACAUCUGCUUCAACACUCGCAUCUCCUACCUCUUCGACCACCCCGGCACAGUCUUCUACUCCAUCUUCGUGUCCUUCUGGGCCGUGUCCUUCCUGGAGUACUGGAAGCGUAAGAGCGCCUCCCUGGCUCACCACUGGGACUGCCUCGACUUCCAGGAGGAGGAGGAACGGCCCCGCCCGGAGUUUGCAGCCAAGGCGCCGUGCAGGGAGAGGAACCCAAUCACGGGCGUGAGGGAGCCGUCCUUUCCUAAGUCCAUCAGGACCAAGAGGAUCAUGGCGGGAGUCGGACUUAUCUUUAUCAUGAUGAGUCUAGUGAUCAUCUUCAUCGUGGCAGUCAUCAUCUACCGGGUCCUCGUGUCCAUCCCUCUCUUCCGCAACGACACCCUCCGCUCGCAGGCCCAGGCCAUCUCCUCGCUGUCCGGUGCGGUGGUCAACUUCAUCAUCAUCAUGUGCAUGGGCCGCGUGUAUGAGAAGCUCGCCUUCCGACUCACUACAUGGGAAAUGCAUCGAACCCAGACGGACUUCGAGGACAACCUGACGUUCAAAGUGUUCAUCUUCCAGUUCGUCAACUUCUACUCAUCCAUCUUCUACAUCGCCUUCUUCAAGGGUCGCUUCGUGGGCUACCCGGGCCACUACCACCACAUCCUGGGCUUCAGAAACGAGGACUGCUCGGCGGGUGGGUGUCUCAUCGAACUGGCGCAGCAGCUGGCCGUCAUCAUGAUCGGGAAGCAGGUGGUGAACAACGCCCAGGAGAUCCUCGUGCCCAAGGUCAAGAUGUGGUGGCACAAGAAGCAGGUGAAGAUGGCCCACAAGGCAAGGACCAGAUGGGAAGCGGACUACCAACUGAUCGACAAUGAGGGACUGUUUCAGGAGUACCUCGAGAUGGUGCUCCAGUUCGGCUUCCUCACCAUCUUCGUGGCGGCGUUCCCCCUAGCGCCGCUCUUCGCCCUCCUCAACAACUGGGUGGAGAUUCGCCUCGACGCUCAGAAGUUUGUGUGUGAGACGCGGCGGCCGGUGUCUGAGCGCGCCCAGAACAUCGGCAUCUGGUUCACCAUUCUGGACUUUAUGGCGCAUCUAGCAGUGAUCAGCAACGCCUUCCUCAUCGCCUUCACCUCGGACUUCCUGCCGCGCCUGCUCUACAAAUACGAGUACGACUGGUCACUCACCGGCUACGUCAACUUCACGCUGGCCGUCGCUCCCAACAACACCCUGAGCCAGCAGUGCAGGUAUCGAGGCUAUCGCGAUGACCAGGGGAACCACACACUCUUCUUCUGGCGCCUCCUUGCCAUCAGACUCGCCUUCGUCAUCAUAUUUGAGCAUGUGGUGUUCGGGGUGUGUCGCCUCAUCGACAUCGUGGUGCCCGACAUCCCGCAGAGCCUCGAGAUUAAGAUCAAGAGGGAACGUUACUUAGCGAAACAGGCGCUGGCCGAUUCAGACACCAUGAUGAAGGUGGCUCAAGGCAACGACGACGACGACGACAAUGACGGGCCCGGCGACGUCAACAUCUUCAUGCACGACGCCGACAGCCACUCUGGGAUCAUUCCUCCCUCACCAGUCUAUCCUACGGCUGAGUCUCCCAGCCAGCCUAAAAGUCCUCAGCAGCCCUCGCCUCAGCCCACAGCCAAGUCCACCAUGCCUGCCAAGGAUCCCGACGCCUUCUCUUCUUAUGACUUUGGAAAUCUUGAAAAUUCUCCUCCCUCAUCUGUCAAGAAUCAUUCCUCCUCCUCCAACACCAACACAGCUUCCUCCUCCACUCCAAACACAGUCUCCUCCUCCUCCACCACCUCUAACACAGUCUCCUCCUCCAGUGCCAACACAGCUUCCUCCACCACCGCCAAUGCAGUCUCCGCUUCUGUCUCCUCACCGCCACCAUCCUCUUCCUCCUCCUCCAGCCAGAGCAAGAGCCUUCCCGCGUGCUCACCCUUCGGUAACACCAAAAUACCGCCGCCAGUGCCCUCGAGGAGGAGUUCAAGGGCGAACAAAGGACGAGCCACGGUAGUAAACGCGAGUGGAGGAACUAGUUUAAGAAACCACCACAAUACUUCAGUCAGCGGCAGUGCCAACACACACUCCACAACAUAACGGUGGGCCGCCUUCACCCGUCCCGAGGUCGUGUAUAAGCAGACGGCAGUGUGAGCCGUUUGCCGCCGGCCCGCUUGAGUUGUUCCUUGGUUGAGGCGCUCUCGUGUCGCGAGGUUGAACAGAGGGUGGGCAGUGGGGCACUGCACCUUAACGAUCCAAGUGCAGUAACAUUUUCGGCUAAAUUAUGAAAACAGUAAGGAAGAUUAUCUCAGCACAUCUCAGCCUCUCGUGGCCUCUACCUCACUGUGGAGGCCGCUGUGAAGAUUGACCUGCCAUGAGGUUUUCUCCUUAUAUUUCACUUGCAACUCGUAGUUCAGAACUGGGUGUGUGAGACUGCUGCUCUCCACGGUCGCAGAAGUGGCCAGGGUUUCCUGGUGGGGUGUAAAUCACAUACGCCCCUGAGGCCACGCGACGACCCUCUUGCCUGGCGCCAGGUUGAGUCGCUGCUGUAAGCCUGAAGGUGAUUGUCCUCCUCUGACACACUGAUACUGAGUGCCUUCUUGAUGUUUUGCUUAGUUUAUGGUUUCCCUGUAACGGACGGGUGGAGGAUGAGCGAGGGGUGUUGGGAGGUGAGACAGACCUUCAGUAUUCUCAUUGUCUCCACCUCAGGAGCUGACGUAGGAAGCUCAAAACUUUUAGCCCCGCCAGUUCCAUUGUUUGUACGUGUGUUAAUUUUAUGGGCAAGAAACUCAAAACUGAAAAAUGGCUUUCUAGUCCAUGUGUGAUAAAUCAUAAUAUUAAAUUGUAUGUAUAUUUAAAAAGAUAUCAGCCAUGUGACAACUUUGAAGGAAUUAUCCUGAAAAGCGGGAGAAAUAUCUAAAACAAUGGUGUGCAAUCAGUAAUCAUGGUGGACUGAAGACCACAGUCGCGUUGUGGCUAUACUGUUAUGGUUGCGCCUCGUCUCCGUCAGUGCUGGAGGUGCUGCUGGCGUCGGCACCUCCAGGCCUGGUGUGUGUGCCGCGGGACGAAGGCAUUUCGGAUUUUCCACUUUACCCCAUUUUUGGCCGUGUCUUUUCUGUGGGGAUAAUAUUGGCUGGUAAACAAAACUGGCUUUGCUACUUUUUAUUAAUAUGAGGCCAGAAUGGCCAGCUCGUGGCAUUCAUCAAAUGAAUUCGUUAUAUGUUGGCUUUCAUCCUCCAUCCAUUUAUCUUUGUGUGUUGAAGGUCUCGGCCUCGUUUGCAUCGUCUCGCUGAUCGCGACUGUUCCCUGUCUUGUCUUUGCUUGUCCCUCAAUCGUUGUCCCUCCAUCCCCACUGCCCCGGGCUGGCUAUGUACAUAAGUGUAAGCUGGUCAUGGAAGUUUCCCUUUUGCAAAACUACGACAGCAGCAGGCUAUUGUUUUACAUCUGGAGGGCCGUGAAGGUGGUGCCAGCGUCUCUCAGCUAAAUAACCACUGGUGGCUUUCCCGCAACGGUGACGCACGAGUAGUGGGCCGACCUUGCGAACAGUCGCUGAAGUAAUACUUAUUUAGUAAAAGCUUAUUUCACUCUUAGUGGGAAGGAUAAUUUUCUUUUCAAUACUUUGUCCAUAAUCAUGUCCAGUGUCCAAGGCCGGAGUCACAUGUGGGGCUCUCCUUGUGCUGCGUCAUCCGUUCAGGGAUUCGAACAGUGUUGUAAGGGGACGUGGGCUUCGAAAUACAUAUCUUGUACAUGACGCCAUCUGUAGCUUUUGAAAUGUUAGCUGCUUGUUUUUCAACCCUCGUCACCGUAGUCAAGAGCGAGCGCCCUCCCCUUCCAACCAUGCUUGAAGUAAUACAAUGAAAUUUUUCGACGUUCUGUUCUCUGUAGCUCCUUACAGCUCCUGCAUAACUUGGGAGUACUUUUGGAGAUUGCCGAGUAGUGUAUCGCUUUUCAGUGGGUCAAUGGGAUGUUAUUUUGUAAGAGGUUGCUUUCAGCGAGGCACUCAUGACGCACAACUGUUUACUAAUCUGGUAGUAACCACCACCAUGGCUCGCGUGAAAUCCAGUCGACCUCGACUGUCCGGUUGCCAUAUAAACACUUCAUGUACAAGGAGAAAACCACAACAUUUCACAUAGCGGCAUUAACUUAAACCAUACGACGUAUUCCGGAAUAAUCACCACGACGCAGAAGAAAGUAAGGCGAAGGUGUUUUCAUUCUUAGACCCCUUAGUCCCUUCCUUCUUCCCAGAGUGAAGAAGGUACCGCCGGGUUGGGAAUCUCAGGUGCUCUUAACUGAGGCAGCAUAGCAAUGUCCAGGCUCAUGCUCAGACUCAGAUAGAAAGAACAUAAGGAAAGUAGUUUUUUUUCGCUAAAGAGAAAAGUGAGCUUUUGACUUUUGCAUUUGAGGCACGUCAGCUUCUGAGGUCUUGUUUGCCGGCUAUGUUGAUUGUCUGUACUCCGUACCACAGUACGUAUUUCUUAAUUAAGUUAGUAGUGAGUUCGUGCGUCAGUUUAUGAUCAGCCUGAGAAGACGCAGCACUACCUGGCUUGACAUGGGCUGGUUUUGCCUUGCAGUUUGUCUCUUUAAGUUAUCAGUCUGCUGCUGUAGGCGAAUCAUAAUGUUGCACCCAUACAUUCUCAUUCCUGUAACUGCCAAAAGAUAAGACUCUAUACAUUAUAAAGAGGCCGUACUUGGGGAAACAUUCAGUGACAGUAUUUGACAUUAUACUAUACAUAGUGUAUGCAUAAAUUACUGUUAUUCUGGGAGAGUAAGAUUGCUGAAUUUUUGUGAUAUUAAUGAUACCUCUCUGUCCUUGAUGUAGCAUUGCAUGGUAAAUCGACCUUCGUCCGUCUGGCAGGCAAGGGUAUGGCUGGGGAAGGCCAUGCGCCUCGCUUUUCCCCACCGUUCCUUUGUAAUGUGUGCACUCGUGGUGGACAGUCGACUUGGCCUGCCUCUCUCACUUUUACGGUGCUUUGCGUUCUCCCUCAGUACUAAAUCGUCAGGUUUGCUGACAGUUUUAAAAAUGGAAAGGCGCAAAAUACAAAUGGAUACACGGUAACUUCUUAGCUCAACGGAUAGAUUCCCAACAUACGGAGAAUUUGAGGACUGAAGAAAACGUUAGAAAUAUUGGUGGUAUGGAAGUGCCUCAGUACUAAGUCAUCUGGUUUGUUGACAAUAUUAUAAAUGGAAGAAGGAAAAACAGAAUUGGACACAGAGUUCGUGGUUCAACAGAUAAAUUCCCAACAUAACAGAGCACUUGAAGACUGAAAAACGUUAAAUACAUUGGAAAUAUGAAAGUACAAUCUUAUAAACGGAAGGGGGAAAAACAAAAUCGGAUACACAGUUCUUACAGUUCAACGUAUAAAUGCAUAAUACAGCAGAGGACUAGAAUACUGAAAGACGCUAAACACAAUGGAAGUGCGGCAGGUUAAUGGACUACAUAGCCACGAUUGUACCUCUGGGUUACUAACUGUUAAUCAUCCUUUUAUGCAACUCUUUCAUCACAUUAUGCAUUUUCCAUCACGUUUUUUCCAGGCUAGGCGAUCCAAGCUGCUGCUACUCUCCGCUGUCUGUGAUGUACAACAAACAUGUAUUCCCUUGUGGGCUGUGCGGCCCGACAGGAGCGUGCAGUCCCAGGUCUUAUAGAAGUUUAUCGCUGACUCGUAGAAACUAACACACUACUUGUAGAGGCUAAGGGAAAGCAUGGUCUUAUAUUUUCAUUGUUAUUAUUAUUAUUAUUGCGUAGUAUAUGUCUUCGAGUUCAGAGUAUUAAAUUGUUUUAUCUUGUUAUAUUUCAUGUUAUUACUGUUGUUCAAGUUAUUCAGGGUAUCAUUGGUAGUGUUUCUUUUUUUUUUUUGUCAUGGUCUUCUUUUUCUUCCUUCUCCUGUUCUCCGUUCUUCUCUUCCACGUCCUCUUCUUCGUUCUCCUCCACGCCCUUUUCGUUCACCUUCUUUUCCACGUCCUCAUCUCCCUCCUCCUCUUCAUCUUCAUUCUUCUUCAAAAUUUUGAUAAUUUUUGUCUGUUCUUAGGUAUUUAAUGUUUAAUUUGUUAUUGAUCACACUUGUUUGUCUUAGUCCCAUUCCUCCUCCUCCUCCUCCUCCUCCUCCUCC